AUGAUACUGCAGCCCACCACAACCGAAAACACGACGACACCGACAACGCCAGCAAUCACAUCCAAUAGUGCCUGUAGAAAUACCAUGGUUGACACGACCAAUAAUACCUGUAGGAAUUCAAAUACCAUCAACAACAACAGUACGAAUACGCAUACGAUUCAAACUCAGACUGCUGCUUCCUUUCCCCUUCUACCACCUCCCACUGAAACUGAGGCUGACAACAUGCUGGAUUGUCCCAUUUGUCUGAAUGCCAUGACAGAAUCGGACAUUCAGCACCCGCUGCAAUGCAAAUCCAAACACUGCGACUACAACUUUUGUAUGCACUGCAUCGAAAAUCUUGUAGCAGCUUCGAAAGAUGACUUUCAAGAAGCCAGCGAUGGCAACCAACAUGUCAAGAUUUACUUGAAUUGUCCCAACUGUAGAAGCAAUCUAUCCGAGACUAUCCGAGACACUUUGCUGAUACGCAAAGCCGACUACCUAGUAUCCCCGCAAGGCAUUCGAUGCAAAUCAACGUGGACACCUUCCCAGCAACGUUUGCACUCGGUGCUUCACCACGAAGAUAUUAAACAAGCCAUUGCCAAGGCACGGCACUAUGAAGAAGAGUUUUUGCGGACUCAUCACAUUAGUAUUGCCGAAGAAUGGUCACCGCUGAACUCUUACGAUCACUUGUCGCCUCUGAAUGCAAGUGAUACUCUUUCCACAGUGUCAGACAGUGAAGGGGACUAUAGCAGCAAGGAAAAUUAUGAUCAUUUUGCGCUGAAUGAUGGAUAUUUCUCUCCUGACGAGUAUGACGAUCAUGAUAGCGAUGAUGAUGAUGAUGAAGCAUCGGAUGCCGAGGACGAAUGUGGAUUUGAAAUGGAUUUGGUACAAGGAGUACACAAGUCGUUUCGACUACCAAGGACAGAGCGUCUGUUGCAAAAGACUGCAAAAGUCAGAGAAGAUAUGAUAGACAAAACUCUUCUGAGAGGAUUAGCUCCGGUGAUGACCAAGGCUGAACAAAAGAAGGCAACUCAACUCAUGGUUUCCGGAGAUGUCUCCAAACUGGUGGAAGCCGCCAAGAUGCUCCGAAGUAUGGAGCGAAACACAAGGCGAGGAGUCACCAGAUGUCAGCUCGUCAAGCGAAGCAGCAUUUACGGUCUCAUUGAUGAAUGCGAACAAGCCCACAAUCGCCGCAAACCAGCAAUCACAGCAAGACCCUCACUCCUCACACCACCACCCAUGCCUCGACCCAAUCCCGUAACGCGGGGACAAUCGUGUGUGCGCAACUUGGAAAAUGCCGAGUUCUUACAAAGCCAUCCUCUUCCAGUGCGCAUGCCCAAAUAUGUGGAAUUUGAAUUCUCGGAUUUGCUGGGACCCUGCCAGUUGCCCUCUUUGGUAGGGGCUGCUGGUUUCAGCAGCGUGGUUUCCAGUUCCCUCUUUCCGGCCUGUUUUGUAGACGACGUUUGGAAUGGAACCAUCAGGGAUGCCUAUACUCGCACCACACUCAUGCCACUGACGGGGUCCAUCGUCCGCCACGAACCACCACUGAAUCAUAAGGGUGUUUUAAAUGUCCUCGGAGAAGGAAUGCUGGAUCAAGAUCUAGGCGUUGGACGAUUUGACGUUCCCAAGUCCAGAGUCAUGAUCCAUUCCCUCCAAGGCGGAGGUUCGGCUGGAAAGCAAGGAAUUCUCCCAGGAGAUGUGGUGACCCACUUGAAUGGCCAAGAAUUCCAUGGUACUGCCAAGGAACUGAUGAAAGCCAUUGAGGCAAGUGUUGGUUCUUCCAACCGCAAUUGUGCUGACUUUGGAGAAUGCUGUGUUUCGCUGGUACUCAACGCUGAAGCUCCCAUUGCCGAGGCCUUACGACGAAGAGGAAACGUUGCCUGUUUGUACACGUGA